AUGUCGUCUAUCCUUGCUUCCCUCGACAUGAGUCUGGACGAUUUGAUCGCCCGCAAGAAGACUAAGGCCACUAACCCGUCCUCACGUCCGGCCAAGAUCAACAAGGAUCACGAUGCGGCAGGGCCCAUUCGUGGCGGACGCCGACGCAACAACAGCCGGAACCAGCCCUAUUCGCGAUCUCGCGGCGACAACGAUGACGACAUGGACGUAGAUCUGGACGACGUUGCUGAUAGCGGCAACAACCGCGGCGGCAAGAAGCGCUCAGUGGUUAUUAAAAAGCCCGUCAAGGGCGGUAAGAAAGGUGGAUCGUCCAUCCUUUCGCGUCUUGGCGGUAAGGAUGCGGCGAGUUCCGGCACGAAGAUCCUGGUGAAGAAUCUUAAAUUCGACAUAUUGGAGGAAGAGGUGCGCGAGCUUUUCGGCACGGUUGGCGAAGUGUCCAAGGCUGAGAUCGUUUACGAUCGCUCGGGUCGGUCGAAGGGCAUUGCUCGUGUCUGGUUUUCCCGCCGCUCAGACGCAGACAAGGCCAUUAAGCAAUACGAUGGACGUACCCUGGAUGGUCAGCCGAUGCAGAUUACGCUUGACUCUGACAAGAACGUUCGCAACGGGCUUUUUGGAACGGCACUUAAUAGUGACGACAAGAAUGUCAAGUUUAAGGUGUCUUUCGGAGGACACAAAGAUAACGAACAGGCAAAGGGCCGCCGCAACAGACGCCGCGGACGUGGUAAUGAAAAGGGAACACAGGGCGUCCGUGAAUCCGGUCCAUCCAAGUCUGCCGAAGAAUUGGACAAUGAGAUGGACUCGUACAUGAAGGAUGCAUAG